UGCAGCAGAAACGAAGAAUUGGUAGGUGGCGCACAAUUAGGCAAAAUCAUUAAAGAUGGUUCUCUUUAUUAAUUUUAAAUUAUCUUUACGCUAUGUAUCUAACUCCAAACACAACAAUUUCGUAUCAUUUAUGUCAAGAACUCUAAAUCAAACGCAUGCUGACAUUUUGACUUCAUCUAAGCGAUGUAUUAGUUGCAGUUAUAAGUCUCGUUGUAGCAAAACAUUCAACCAGCCUCCAUCGGCGUCGAGCGAUCUUGCACGGCCUGCUGGAAUAGCGUCGUUUAUGCGUUUACCCGUACAAAAUUCAGCUGAAGGACUAGAUGUCUGUUUUACUGGAGUUCCGUUUGACAAUGGUACCUCCAACAGAUCUGGGGCUAGGUUUGGACCAAGACAGAUACGCACGGAAUCUGUAAUGUUACGUCCUCUUAAUGGAAGUACAGGUGCCAUGCCGUUCAAAUCACUACAGGUAGCAGACAUUGGAGAUCUUCGAAUAGCUAUGUAUGACAUACACCAAACAAUGAAAGACAUCAAGACAGGAAUUCAAAAUAUUUUAUUCUAUGAUUGCAUCCCUUUGACAAUGGGUGGCGACCAUACAAUUACUUAUCCUAUUCUACAAGCAAUGAAGGAAAAACAUGGGCCUCUGGGUCUUAUCCACGUAGAUGCUCAUGCAGACACUAAUGAUGAAGCUUUGGGAUGUAAAAUUUACCACGGAACACCAUUCAGAAAUGCUGUUAAAGAAGGGCUUUUGGACUGUAAGCGAGUAGCCCAAAUUGGCCUAAGAGGAUCUCUGUAUAGCGAGUCCGAGUUUAAGUAUCAGUACUCUGUAGAUCAGGGAUUCAAAGUCGUGAUGGCAGACGAUUGUUGGAACAAGUCUCUCGUACCAAUGAUGAAGGAAAUUCAAAACCAAAUGGGUGACGGACCAGUUUACGUUAGCAUUGACAUUGAUGCCCUUGAUCCUGCUUACGCUCCUGGUACAGGCAAGUAGUUUACAUUUACAUCA